AUGUGGCUGUAUGAACGUUUACUUGGCCCGGGAUCCGUCUUGACCGCCGAGGCCGAAGAAUGGAAAGGCCUUCGCAAGUGUUUCAAUCCUGGCUUUGCGCCGAAGCAUCCCGUGACCCCUCUGCCUGCGAUUAUGGAUAAGGUAGGACAGUUUCUCAGGAACCUUGAUCGACAAAAUACUAACGAUGAGGCAUUUAGGUUGGAUGAACUGUGCAGCAGUCUCAAGCUUAGCAUCAUCAGUGCGAUGACGAUGGGGAUGGAAUUUGGUGCCCAGCUCGACAAGAAGCACCAAAAUGAAUUUGUCCAGUUCCAUCGUGAACUGACUGCCAACUAUAAAAGCGGCAGUAGUAGUAACAGAAGCAAAAGGUCGCAGUGUACCUUCUGUGUCCAGAAAGCCGAUAACCUAGACUCAAAUAUAUUAGACCAAACCUGUGAUCAGCUGAAGAGCCUCCUUUCUGCUGGUCACGACACAACUAGCAUUGUGCUGCAAUGGACGUUUUGCGAGCUCAGUCUCGCCCCGCAUAUCCUGAAGACUAUCUGGGAUGAGCUCGAUGAGACAUUUUGGGGCGAAGAACUGAUCAACCAUAUGUACUACAUGUCUGCUGUGAUCAAGGAGAUACUGCGACUCUAUCCGCCAUCUGGAUCAGCGCGGUAUAUGAGCCCUGGCUCUGAAUUCACUCGGGGUCCGCGCAAUUGCAUCGGGCAAGAACUGUUAAUACUGAAGGCGCGAGUAAUCGUGGCAUGUGCUGUUCGGCGAUAUGAUUUUGCCAAAGUUGGACCAGGAGUUGUGGUGCUAGAUAACCAGAGAAAUUUGAAAUUAAAUGACAGAGGACAGUAUGAGGUGGAAUCGCCGUUGUAUAAUACAAUGCAAGUAACAGCAAAGCCGGUUGAUGGCAUGAGGAUGCGAGUUUCAACUGUCGGGCACGUUGGGGGUGUCACUCCUUGAUCCGCACGUUCAGUUUAACACUCUCGCAUGAGGCUUACAUACAAGUAAUUUGCGUGCGUAUACACUGCGUGUAUAGACAUUUCUCCGAUGCAGAUGGCCAUCUUCAAAUUGCGACAAGAUGCACAAUAUGGGAUGGCAAUGCUCCGGAAUGACUCAACAUUUACAUUUAGAAUAAUUAAAUUGCAG